AUGGUUUUUCCUACACGACUCUCCCCACGAUGGCUGAUUUGCAUUACACUCUUGUUCUGUGCCAGCGCCAAGGCUUCUGGAGUUCCAUGGCACAAGGAUAGUUAUCUUGAUCCUUUUGGAACCAAUCAACAGCUCCCUCCAGUCACAGGUUUGCCAAACUCGCGUGUACUUGUCAAGGAGAAAGAUAGACCCUCCAUCUUCAAGAAGAAAAAAGUUUCUAAAGAAUCGCCUUACAAGGCUGCUUGGAAACACGAGAUCAAAGCCUUUCUUCAAACGGGGGUCCGCGCAGGACGACUUGUUGCUCUCGCGCCCGCCAUUUCCUUCUUAAUCAAAAACUCGCCUUCCAUGGAUCCUCUGUUUUUUGGGAUUCUACUCCUUCUCGUUCACCAAGUGGACAACUCUGUGGCCAAGUUGAUUCCGAGGCAAUUUGCGGCUACAACAACCGCUUCUCUCUUGGCCUGGUCCUUCUUGAUUUUCUUUGUAUGGCGUUAUUGCAUUCUACAUCUUUUUAAUCAGCUACGGCGUUAA